GGAGAGCAGCCUUUGACCCUCAGAGACGGGGACGAGGUGGCCAUUAUACCGCCCCUUAGUGGAGGCUAAAGAAAUGACCAAGGUAUGGCUGCAGAUGGGGGUCAGGAUCUAAUAACACUCACUACUGACAGGCUUUCUGCUGAUCGUGUUUCUGAAUCUGUCACGUGUCCCUCUUGUGGUGCUGCAUCUCUGUUUAUCGGGACUACCAGAGAUAAUUUUGAGGGGAAGAAAGUGAUCCGGCUUAAAUAUGAAGCGUACAGUCCAAUGGCAGAGUCAGAGCUCAGGAAGAUCUGCCAUGAGAUCCGGACAAAGUGGCCCAGCGUCAGACAUAUUAACAUACAGCAUAGACUUGGUGUGGUUCCUAUAACAGAAGCAAGUGUUGUAAUUGGGAUCUCAUCACCGCACAGAAGGGAUUCCCUGGAGGCGGUGAAGUACUGCAUCGACACACUCAAAGCAACUGUGCCAAUCUGGAAGAAGGAAAUAUACGAGUCUGGGGAGCCGUGCUGGAAAGAGAACAAGGAGUGUUUGUGGGCGGAUGCUGGGAAAGAUCCCAAACAAAGUUGAACUGUUAACUAGCAAAUGAGCUACAGUAAAUCUCAUGAAGCAUCAAGAGGUUUUUAUUGAAAAAAUACAAAGCUCAAAGUUUUCCUGUAACACCUGAUGAAACAUAAACAGUUUAAUCAAAAGAGCAUAUUCUACUCUACUCUUGAACAGAAAGUCUUAAAAAAAAAAAAGUACCAGUGCAAAAGCAUCAUGUAAACACGAAGGGGAAUCUUUGUCGUUUAUGUUGCCUUUGAUUAGAUGGGCCUCUUUUCCCAAAGAUUUCCUAAAGACGUCACGCAUCACAACAUCAGUAGAAGUUUAACCCUGAAUUCAUAUAGCAAUUUAUUGACAUCACUUUCAUAUACAAUUCAUAUACAUGUAAAUAUGUUUGACAUUUCAGACUAUUUGACUACAUUGUAUAAUGCUUAGAUCAUGUGUUAAUGUACAGUCAAGUAGUUUGAAAUGUCAUUAAACAUUUGCAUGUAUAUGAAUUAUUAAUAUUACAUUUUUAACAUGUAUAAAUGAGCAGUUAGUAAUAAGCAACCAUGCAAAAAAUACUUUAACAUUAUAUCUCGCAUUAUAUAAUGCAUACAUUAUUUGUUAAUGUAAGAUUUAAUGUUACGUUUUUAAAAAGUUUUUCAUAUUACUAACUUGACUAAUAUGUGCAAGUAGUCACAAUCAUUUUGUUUGCUUUCAUGCAGUGUCAGUCCAUUUCCCUGAUGUGUUGCAUAGAGUGGCACUGCUUACUAUUUUUAGUACAUUUACAGAAGCAUACUUGGUUGACACAGCCUACUUUACCAGUGUAUUGUUGCUUUGGGUAUAAAACAUUUGUUUUGUUUUUGCAUUUUGUUAUUGCUAGAAUGGUUUCACUGAUAUAAUUUGGGACAAAUGCUUGAUAUGCUUGGAGUAUUUUGGGAAAAUCCAUGAUCUCGUUUUUGACUCCAUUGCUGUGUCUGAAAAUGCUCACUUAUUCACUAAUCCCUAUAUAGUGCAUGGCAGCUGAGUGCACUCUGUCGGCAAGGAGUGAGCCAAAAUUCGGACACUGACUGCAUCGGGUGUCAAAAUGUUGUCACAAUGCCUUCACCCUCACUAGAAAUGUGUUCUCUCUCAUUCCUUUAACUCUGAAAUGGCUAUUAUAUUUAUUGGCAACAACUAGGAAAUUGUGAUACUCAUCAUUUCAAGGUAAUGUCAUCUCUAAAUUGGACUAGUUAGGACAGCCAUGGUAAAAGUGUGUUGUUUUAAUGUUUAAAGGGUUAGUUCACCCAAAAAUGAAAAUUAGG